CUCCUUUUCGCGGGUUGGCUAGCAUAGGACGAUGCAAUGCAUGGCGUGAUAAGAUCUUACAAGAUAGACUUUGUGUUUCCUUUGCAUCCCCCUCUUCUCGUCACACUCCUUUCCCUUCGAUCGGUACCUUUGAUCAAUCAAUAUGUUCCCGCAGGACGUGCUUGAGCAGGUAUCGUAUCCCAACGUGCUUGCGUUGGGUACGUCGCUUGCCUUUUCCUAUGUUUUCUUUACGGCCAUCUACCGGCUCUAUUUCCAUCCUCUUGCCAAAUUUCCUGGUCCCUUCUGGGCUCGCCUUUCGACUAUCCCCUCCUGGUGGCAUACUCGUUAUGGAGACCGUCAUAUCUGGCUGUAUAGUCUGCAGGAGAAGUACGGUCCCGAGUUUCGGUAUCGUCCGGACAGCGUCGUGAUCAAUACCCCAACGGCGUUCAAGAAGAUUUUCGGCCCUCUAGGAAACGUCAAGAAGGGAGAGUACUACCAGGGGUGGCCUCGCAAUGUCCACACCCACAAUACCUGGAACGCGACGAGCAUCAGCAUGCAUGCUCGCAAACGCCGUGUUCUCAACUACGCGUUCUCCGAGAAGGCUCUGCGCUCGACGGAGGCCUUCCUGCACUCGAACAUCGACCGCUGGCUUGAACUGCUCGGACAAUUGCCCGAGAAGAAGACGGAGUGGAGCCCCUCUUUCAACAUGUGCGAUUGGAUGAACUGGCUUGUUUUCGACAUCCUUGGAGACUUGUGCUUCGGCAAGUCGUUCGACAUGAAGGAGCCGGAUAGCAAGCUUCGCCAUGUUCCAGAAAUGAUGAUCUCGUUCUUGGAGCUACUCCACCCGGUAUUCUUUAGCCCUUGGAAUGGGCUCUGGGUAUGGCUGAAGCCGCGCGGGCUCGAUUGGCUCCUCACCGUGGCAUCUCCACCCGCGGUGGUGAACUGGCAAAAGUUUGUCGACAAAUGUCUCGGCGAUCGUACGAAAGUCGAACAGGAGUUGGAAAGGAGCCCUAAGCCCGAGAGCGAGGUUCGCAAGGACUUCUUCUACUGGCUCUUCAAGGCGGUGGACCCGGAGACUGGCGAACGCGGAUAUGAUAUGGAUGAGCUCUAUGGCGAAUGCGAGCUGCUCACUAUCGCUGGCUCUGACACGACUUCCAUCGUUCUUUCCGCUGCCUUCUUUUACCUUGCACGACGACCGGAUGUGCAAGCCAAACUUGCGCAGGAGAUCAUUUCCAGGUUUUCGAGCUAUGACGAGAUCAAGUCCGGCGACAAGCUCCACUCCUGCAAGUAUCUCACGGCUUUCCUCCAGGAGGCCCUGCGUAUGACGCCUCCUGUUUCCGCUGAGCCUGCCCGCGAAGUCCUCCAGGGAGGCACCACCGUCGACGGCCACUACAUCCCACAGGGUCUCAAUGUGAGCACCGGUCUCUAUUGCCUUAGCUAUAACAAGGACGUCUACCCAGAGCCCUUCAAGUUCCGGCCUGAGCGCUGGAUUGUAGCUGAGAAUGAGAAAGAUGGCUCUUCAGCGGAGAGUGUCGCCUUGGCCGAGAGCGGAUUCUGCGCCUUCUCCACAGGUUCCCGUGGCUGCGUCGGGAAGAACUUGGCUUGGCUGGAGAUGCGGCUCGUUGUGGCAAAGUUCCUCUGGAAUUUCGAGCUGAAGAACGACCCGACGAACAACCUGGGUGGUGGAGAUCCAGAUGGCAAGCCUGGGCGUCGUCUCAAAGACCAGUACCAGACGUGGGAGAUGUUUGUAUCGAACAGGAAGGGUCCCAUGAUCCAUGUCAAGAAGAGGGCGCACUGAUCGAUGAAGCAAGCGAGUCAAUACUGUCACUGAUGCGAUUUCAGCCUGGUAGUACCUGAGUAAUCUUAAAUCGAAGGGGUCAUCGUUGAUAGCUGGGUCGCUCAUGUGAAAGGGACAAAUCCACUCAUUGCGAUGUCCUUCGAAAGGCGGCAGAUUGGCCUAAGCAGGGCUUGUGAGUGAAGUGUGAGAAGGUGAAAUGAAUUGAGCCGAGUCUGAUUUUGGAAAUCGCAUGGACACAAG